CUAGACUACACUGAAUGACGUCAUGUUACAGAUGACAAAAUGGCUUCUACAGGAGAACUUACACUCGACAGAGAUGUCAACCGUGCGGUUCAGUUGCUGCAAAAUCUACAGCAACAGUCUGGCUUGCCUACACAGAAGCUGAUUGCUUUACAGGCCAUCUUAGAAAGCGAUUUCUUCAACGCUGUGAGGGAGGUGUAUGAACAUGUCCAUGAGACUGUAGACAUACAAGGGGAUCCUGAGGUCAGAGCUAAUGCUACAGCCAAGGCUACCGUAGCAGCCUUUGCAGCUAGCGAGGGCCACGCCCACCCAAGGGUCGUUGAACUCCCUAAGACGGAUGAAGGUUUAGGGUUCAAUGUGAUGGGAGGCAGAGAGCAGAACUCACCCAUCUAUAUCUCAAGGAUCAUCCCUGGGGGUGUAGCCCAUCGACACGGGGGCCUGAAGAGGGGUGACCAGCUACUCUCGGUCAAUGGUGUGUCUGUAGAGGGCGAGCAGCAUGAGAAAGCCGUGGAGCUCCUGAAGUCCGCCUCAGAGAGAGUCAAGCUUGUUGUGAGAUAUACACCCAAGGUGCUUGAAGAAAUGGAGACAAGAUUUGAUCGACAGAGGGCAGCACGUCGGCGACAGAUGUCACCGGAAUGAACACACUACCCCCUAUUGACUUUCAUGUAGUUGUAUCGGAAGCAGAAUUUCAUGCAAUGUUCCUUGCCUAUAAACCAACAACUGGACUCAAUAUUCAGCGUGUGAAGCGACUAUAUACUGCUACAAGCUGCCAUCUAUGUAUUAUGUAUUGAACCUGCAUUUCCUAAUGAGCUUGUAUACAUUGGGUGAUGCUGGUUCAACAGGGGUCAAAGGUCAUCAUCUCUGUUAGGAUGUCCAUUUCCUGUGGAGUAACUCAUCCUCUUAUGUGUGCUUUGGUCCCUCCCCCACCCUUCCACUGACUAACCCAUUGGAAACAACUUGCAUUAUAUCCAAUGGAAGUGCUUGUCAAGUGCUUAAAGUCAGUGUAAGUUUUUGGCUAAAAUCUGGAAUUGCUAACUACUUAAAGAGAUGCUUCAAUCUUACUUAUCAUAUGUAUUUAUUCUUUUGAAAUUAAACUUUUGAAAUUAAUCUAAUCAUCUAGAUAUGAAUUAAAUCAUGUAAUACUGAGCCUGAUUAUUAUCCCAUCCUGAAUCUCGAUGGAAAUCGUGUGGUACAGUGAAACCCGUAUAUAAAGACCACUCAAGGGUGACAAGAAAAGUGAUCUUUAUAGGCAGGUGGUCUUUAUGUACAGGUUCCUUUAGUACAAGUUUUUAUGAGAAAAGGUCAUCCAGGGAAACAAAAAAUGUGGUCUUUAUAGAACGGUGGGCUUUAUAUGCAGGUGGUCACUAAGGCAGGUUUCACUGUAUAUCAACUUGAAAUUUAUCCAAGACAAACAAGUACAUUCGACUGCAGCUCAAAAAGCCUUAUUUUCAAGUAGUUGCCAAAUGUUUCCAUGGUGGAUUUCAAAGUGUGCAUUUGCAAUGGCUGUCUUGUCAGUAGUUGUUAGUUUUGCUAAAGAUAGUUUUAGAGCACAAACGAUGUACCAAUAUUCUCUUGUUUUUAAUUGUAUGCUAACAUUACCUUUUUAAGAAGCAAUUUGUAUCAUUCAAUAACCAUCUUAAAUGUAUUUUAUAAGAAUCUCAAAGUGUUGCUUCACAUGCUACAUGUUUGCUAUUUAUAACUAGUAUAUAACUCUAUAUUAUACUGCCUUCAUACUUAUUAAUUACCUGAUAACAAUUGUAUACAUCUGUCAUCCUUAUUGCUUGCAUACUAAGCUUAGCUUCGCUGUCACCUUUUUCCUAAGGACGUUGGCUCCACAAACAUAUUAAAAUCAUUUUAUCCUAUCUUGAGCAAUUCUAUAUGCCUUCUGGAAGGUGCUGCAUACGGUGAACAAAAACAAAUCUUAUGUUGGGUUUCAUUUUUCUGUCUUGGAUUAAACAGAAUAAACAGGAAGGACUUUAAAAGAUACAGCUUCUAAUGGAACAGCCCCAAGAUAUCGCUUGGGUUGUCAGUGUUUUGGAUUUUAAAAUCAUCUUUCAUUUUAGCAUUUAAAUUUGUCCCCUAAUAUCAUACAGAAUACGCAUCAAAUGAAUUGUGUUGGAUGAACUGAGAAUUGCAUUUGAAGUUCUGAAACAUGUAUCGAGUAUUCAUCUAUACCUUUCAAGUAAUAUAUAGAGAGAAAGAGAUAAUUGAUCAUAUAUAAUUGGAAGAUUUUCAUACAUUUUGUAACGGUGAAGAAAAAUUGCCAAUCAUUUGUAAAUAUAGAAGAGUGUACUGCGAUAUGUAUAACGGUAGCUUCAUAUUAUUAAUAUUAUUCUCAAUGAACAUAGAAAA